UAUUACAGUUUUUUUAGGCUCUUCCCAUAUUUCAGUCAUUUAUUGUCUUUAUGGUUAAAUAAAUCAGUUUCUAUCAGUUUUAGCUGUAGUUGUUUGAUGCAGGUGAUUGACAGAGGGCGCCACAUGAGCCUCUGCUACAGUACUGCACAUCCACACGUUUACUUACAAAACACUUAAAUCAUAAACCAAUCCCGGUGUUAAGGAUGGAGCUGCAGGCGGUGCUGAUGGCAGCUGGUGGUGGGUCCAGAAUGAUGGAUCUCACCUAUAACACCCCUAAACCCCUACUGCCUGUGGGGAACAGACCCCUCAUCUGGUACCCCUUGAAUCUUCUGGAGAGAGUGGGCUUUGAAGAGGUGAUUGUCAUCACUACUAAAGAGGUUCAGAAGACCCUGAGCACAGAUCAGCGUCUGAAGACAGAUGUGAAGAUGAAGCUGGAUGUGGUGUGUAUUCAGGAGGAAGCUGACAUGGGCACUGCAGAUGCUCUCCGACACAUACAGCAAAAGAUUAAGACAAACAUUUUGGUGGUGAGCUGUGAUUUGAUAACUGACGUAGCCCUGCAUGAGGUUGUGGACCUCUUCCGUGCCCACAACGCCACACUGUCGAUGCUCAUGAGCAAAGUGCAUGAAUUCACAGAGACAGUCCCUGGCCAGAAGGGCAAGAAGAAAGCAGGAGAGCAGCGGGACUUUGUUGGCGUGGAUGGCACAGGGAAGCGGCUUCUCUUCAUGGCCAACGAGGCAGAUCUGGAGGAAGGCCUUGUUCUCCGAAAGUCCAUCACGCGCAAACAUCCCAGAAUGCUCAUCAAAACAGGCCUGCUGGAUGCCCACCUGUACUGCCUGAAGAGAUCUGUGGUUGAUUUCUUAGUAAACAACAAGUCUGUCACUUCAGUUAGGGGAGAAUUAGUGCCUUAUUUGGUACGUAAACAAUUCUUAAAGUCCUGCAAUUCACCAAAUCCUACAGACGAUUCUGAAAAGAAUCAGAAAAAACAGGAUGUCCACGCUAAUUUGGAGCUCUUUAACUCUAGUAAAGGUGAGGCUCUGCUGCAGCUUGCCCGUGAGAGGUCGUGUUGGAACGAUCACCGUGGAGACAUGAGCGAGGCCUAUCAUGGCGGAAAGCUACGUUGCUACAUUCACAUCAUGGAGGAGGGCAUGUGUUACCGUGUCAACACGCUUGCCGCUUACAUAGAGGCCAACCGUGUGGUUCCCAGGCUGUUUGAGGACCCUCCAGUCCAUCCGACUGCUGUAGUCUCAGAACGCUCCUUGGUUGGAAGUGACAGCAUAAUUGGGCCGUCUUGUCAGAUAUCAGACAAGACAUCAAUCAAGCGCUCGACAAUUGGCGCAUCAACGACAAUCAAGGAGAAGGUCAAGAUAACCAAUUCCAUCAUCAUGAAUGGUGUGAAUAUUGAAGAAGGGUGUAACAUUCAAGGUAGCGUGAUCUGCAGCAACGCAGUGAUUGGACGUGGAGCUGACAUUAAGUACUGUCUUGUGGGGAGCAGUCAGCACGUCGAGCCAGAGGCUGAAAGAACCAAUGAUAUCAUUGUUGGAUCCGACCAGCUCAUGGAGAUCUAGAACCCUGGUGGAGAAGGGAUGGAUCACAGUCCUGAAGUACAGACCAACCGGGAUGGAAGAACCCGCUUCCAUGUGCAUACCCCUUGCACAGGAUCCAUUUUUUUAUGUGUAAAUGUGGAUUUAUUUAUCUUAAGACUCUGAUUCUUUAUUUCUGUUUCUUAUUUCACCAGUUUGGUGGGUGCAGGCCCAACAAAAAAGUAUCAUGAUAUUACCAUAAAUAUGGUGUUGACAUGUUUUUGGACAUUACCAUGAUGGUAAUUUCAUUUUACCAUAGUACCUUAUAGUAUCAUUUAAGUAGCAUGUUCUAUUGCUAUAGUUAUCAAAAUGUACCAUGGUAUAUAUCAAAGAACCAUUGAAUUAUCAUCUGAUACCCUCACUGAAUCUUGCUACUAACAGGUAAUUUUGGAAGAACACAGUGGUGUCACAUUUACAUCUUUUUUACAACAGAAAAAGGUUCAAACUAUGUAAUUUGUGACACUAGUGGUAAUAAAAGGAAUUGCAAAAAAGAAUUACUUAUUCCAAACAAGCAGCUGUGCAUUAGUAUUUUUCUGUCUAAAGUUAUAACUCAUUUUCUCAAGAUCUUGAGGAAAAAAAAGCCAUGAUCUGAAGUUAUUGUGACUUUUUACAAAGUUAUCUAGAGAAAAAUAAUGCAUGGCCUCUGUGGGCUUCCAUAUGUUUGGUUCAUUCAUUAUAUUUGCAAUUUCAUUCUGUGUCCCUAUAAUGUCAUAGAAAUAAAACACUUCACCUUUAAAUGGGACAUGCAUUUACAGAAUUGUAUAAACUUCCAACAAAGUGAUGUUUGGAAGUCAUGUGACAGAAUGCUCUUUGGAUAUGGCUCAAUAGAGGACCUAUUAAAAUAUAUUGUGGCUCUAAAUUGUACGCUUAUACUAAAGUUGAGUGCAAAUGAGUUCAUAGAAUGAUGUUUGGAUGCAGGUGUUGUUGCUCUAGGUGGGCGUCUGUGUAGUUUGCAGUUUGUUUGUGGUGUUUGUCCAGUGGAUAUCCCAGCGCCCAUCUGCAUGACCACCGUGACUGGGACUGCAAGCUCUAGUGCUGAAAAGAACAGAUAACCACAAUGGGGAUAAGUUUAUUUGUACACAAAAAGAAUGAAAGAAAUAGACCACCCAGUCAGAGACUGACUACUAACACACACUCUCUCUCUCUCUCUCUCUCUCUCUCUUUCUCUCGUUUUCUCGCAUACUCCUUUCACAAAAUGCUUAAAAGGAGAAUUUCCUUAAGAUUUUUCUCUCUGCCAUCUCUCUUUGCUGUCAACGAUUUAUAGCAUUUCAGCACUUCUGCAUCUCUUAAAUUACAGGACUUAAGAUCCUUGG